UAUCGUGUACAAAGAUGUAUACCGUUUCAUCAGUUCCAUAUAUAUGGAGUUCUCUUCUUGAAUUGACAUGGUCCGGACCGAAGUGCGGACACUGUGAAGGGAAAGGCAAGAUAUGUAGAUUCGAGAAUAAUAGCAAUGAUUUGAAAACAGAGUGCUUCGACCCCGACAAAGACAAAGGUAGAUCAAGAAAAAUAAUGACCAUUGUUUCCAUCUUGGGAUCAUUUCUUUUGACACUAGUAGUCUAUGCACUCUACCGUGUCUAUAGCUAUGACAAAACAGAAAAAGAAAAUCAAGCUAGGAUUGAAACUUUUUUGGAGGAUUACAAAGCUCUCAAGCCCACAAGGUACUCAUAUAACGAUGUUAAAAGAAUUACAAAUCAAUUUACUGAGAAAUUAGGACAAGGAGCCUAUGGAACAGUGUUCAAAGGAAAGUUUUCGAAUGAAAUCCAUGUAGCCGUGAAGAUCUUGAACAGUUCCAAGGGAAAUGGGGAAGAAUUUAUAAAUGAAGUGGGAACAAUGGGUAGAAUCCACCAUGUUAAUGUGGUUCGCUUGGUUGGCUUUUGUGCUGAUGGAUUUAGAAGAGCUCUAGUUUAUGAGUUCUUACCAAAUGAUUCACUAGAGAAGUUCAUUUCCUCAGUAGAUUCUAACCGUUUCCUUGGUUGGGAAAAGUUACAAGACAUUGCUCUUGGCAUAGCAAAAGGAAUUGAAUAUCUUCACCAAGGAUGUGAUCAACGAAUCCUCCAUUUUGAUAUUAAACCUCAUAAUAUUUUGCUAGACCAAAAUUUCAAUCCAAAAAUUUCUGAUUUUGGUUUGGCCAAGUUGUGUGCUAAGGAUCAAAGUGCAGUGUCCAUGACCACAGCUAGGGGGACCAUGGGUUACAUUGCACCCGAAGUGUUCUCUAGGAACUUUGGGAGUGUGUCUUACAAAUCAGAUGUUUACAGUUUUGGAAUAUUGUUGCUUGAAAUGGUUGGAGGUAGGAAAAAUGUUGAUGUAACUGUGGAGAACACUAGCCAAAUAUAUUUCCCAGAAUGGAUCUACAAUUUGUUAGAGCAAAAAGAAGACCUACGAGUCUAUGUUGAGGAUAAUGAAGAUGCUAAAAUUGCAAAAAAUCUCGCAAUUGUGGGACUCUGGUGCAUUCAAUGGCACCCAGUGGAUCGUCCUUCUAUGAAAGUUGUGGUCCAAAUGUUGGAGGGAGAAGGAGAUAAGUUAACCAUGCCCCCUAAUCCAUUUGCAUCUACAAACCCCACGAGAAUCAAUGUAAGUAUGCCUGCAAGGCGUCUAAACCAAGAGUUAGAAGUCAUCCUAGAAUCAGACCUUGAGAUAUAA